AUGUCGACUUUGGGUUUGCGCAAGGCGGUUGCUAUAUGGUUCUUUGCUGUUUAUGUUUUCGUGGGAGUUCCACUAUGGUAUAAACUGACCACCAUCUAUAGAGCACCGUUGCCAAUCGAACACAUUCGUUCGAUGCAUGAAAACCCGCAUACCGACCUUCACUUGGUGAUUCCUGUAUACGUGAGAUCAGAUACUUACAACUUCCCAGACGUCCAUGAUGCCAUACAAGUACAGGUCAACGAGCUGCUAAAGUCGAAGAAAGGCCCACUUACGUGGUCGCUACAGGUGUUGCCCUUUGAGAGCUGGGUCAACGAAGAAUCGGACUACGUAGUCACUCUAGCGUUAGACAAUUUCAUUGGCUACACUAUUCCCUACGACAGCAAAGAGACAAUCGUCUUCUUCAAUGAUGAGUCGGUUGUGGCCAAUGACAUUCCAUUUUUCGUAGCUCAAACACUGAUCGAGCAUACUUUCGGGCUGGAAUGGCAGCAUUUUUCAGAGAGCAAAGAUGUCAUCAAAGAGACGAAUAAUAAUAUGGCUAUUUCAUACACUCCAAAUGUGCACUUAUCGAUCUCUUUGCUAACAGGUGACGGGAGACCGGUCGCGUGGGAUAUUGUCCCCACUUUAGAAGAAUACUUCACACCAUUGAGGAGAUUCAUCUCUCCUCUAGUCAACUUCACAGUGGACACCGGCAUAGUUUAUUACAAUGAUUUGAAAUUGGGCUCUUUAAGCGGCUCGGAUACUGCUAGCUGGCAAGAUUUGUCUCACACUGUAGAUCUUUCCGAGUUAUCUUCUAUGAACUACUACAGUGAGCGCACGGUGCUGAACCUUGCCAUUGUGUUUCCUGGGCACAGCGCGGGUAAUCUAAGCUUCAUAAACUCUACUUCAAAACACGAUUGGCAAAGUUUUCUGGUUCCACAGUGGGGUGUCCUGGUGAUCAACAAAAGUCCACUUCCUGACAGUACUCGAUUAACUAAGGAUUAUUUAACCCCAAUCAUUUACAAGUUCUCCAGAGAAUUGUUCCAACUACUCGGACUGGCAACCCAAGCUGCGGAUUUAUCAACGCCAUACGUGACUAUUGACUCUUUUAAAAGAUUGAUGAUUAUUCGCAAUCUUGAUGAGAGCACAGAAACGCUCUGGUCGCUUGUAAAGUUGGUUGAGCAAUUUCCUCAAAUGGCCGUACCCGAAGAAGUUCUUGUUAACGUUAGAAAAGCUUUAGAUCUACGCCUGCAGGUAGCAGAAUUAAUCAAUGAUCCUUUCAAAGGAGGGGACGCGGUUUGGAACCAAGCCCUACUUUUAAGCAACGAGCUGUUCCGUGUUUGUGAGGAUGCAUUCUUCCAUAAAGAAAUGGUGCAGCAGAAUUUCUUUCCUCAGGAGCACAAGAUUGCUGUCUAUUUACCACUUUUAGGUCCACUAACAGUUAUUAUGCUUUCGGGACUUGUCAAUGCAUUUAAAAGGAAGCAAAAGGAAGAAAGCAGUGCGGAAAAGGACCAGGAUGUUAAGGAAUGA